AUGGAGCGGGCCCGGGACGCGGCACGGCCCGAGCGCGGCCCCGCCUUCGGGCCCUUCCCGAGGGACCCCUCGGACAGGAAGUUUUUGCCCCCCAAGAGCUUCUCCUGCCCCUCUGGAAGUGCCUCCUGUGCCCUCGGCUUCACCCCCCCAGAGCUGCCCGUGCCGGAGCCGUUCCCGGUGCGGGAUUCCCGACCCUUCGGCUGCGCUGCCAACGGGCAGUGGCGGAGCCCGGGGCCCUCCGGGGGCUCGGGGCUGCAGAAACCACGGCUCAGCAGGGGCUCCUACCUGGAAUCCCGGAAAAAUCCCAG